ACUUAUUAUGUAUACAUCACGUACUCGUCAGAGUUAAUACAAAACUGUCUGUCGGAUUCACCACUAUGAACAGUUGGCUACUGCUGAUAUGUAUGGGUGUGCUGUCCCAGUUGAGCAGCGGAGUCGCGUAUAACGUCACGAAAACUGAAGGCGAAGUAAGUCAAUAUGAGAUAGUGUACCACCGGAAGACUUAUUUCGGGGCGUUGAAAUACUGCGAGGAGCUAGGUGGUCGUUUGGCAAGGAUCCCCGAUAUGGAGAGAGAUAAAGCUGUCAUCAGUUGGGUAUACACCACGAACGACGAGUUAGGUGCUCGCUAUUGGAUAGAUGCCAACGAUAUCCAAGAGGAAGGGGUGUAUCUUAGGUCAGACGGAGCAAAACAAAAGUUUGCAAAUUGGGCAAAAUCGGAACCGAAUAACAAAGACAAUGAAGACUGCAUUGAACUCAGCGAAAACGCAGAUUAUGCGUGGAAUGAUAGAAGCUGCUACUUUCCAAAUUAUUUUAUCUGUGAAUUUCUUAUUUAUCAUUAAGUUUAAUCAUUUCGUAUCACAAUUCACUUGGAAGAUGAUUCUCCAAUCAGCCGAGCAGUUUCGAGUGAUCAUCUCGUAUAGUAUUCGAUCCGUAUACAAAUUUGUCCGAAUUACUCCAGUAAAGAUGUAAACCACGGGUGUUAGUAUUGAUUAAAUACAGUAUAAUAAGUAAAA